AUGGAGGUUCGCUGUGGGUGCGUGUACCCGCAGAGCCCUGGCAAGCGCUUGGCUUUUCUCCAGCGGUGGCAUUUGGCGAGCGGUGGCCUGGCCGUGCCAGAACCGGACCACGGCUAUCACAGCCUGGAGGAGGAGCAGCAGCAGCAGUGCAAGGGCGUUUGUCAAGAAGAGGGAGAGGGACGGCGGGAGCAGCCGUGCGACGCCGGGGAGUUGGAGCGGCCCGAGGAGCCGAGCGAGGAGGGGAGACAAGCUGGAGGUGGACCCUUGGAGCAGGGGGGGAUAAGGGGUUCGGCUGAGAAUGGAGCACUUGAGGGGGGAGCCCUGACGGAAGAGGAUGAUGAGGACUCCGAAAUAGGGCAAAACCUUCCAGUUUCAGCCAGACCUGCCUGUGCAAAUAAAUUAAUAGACUAUAUCAUAGGGGGGGGAGCUUCCAGUGGGGAGGAGAGUGCGGAGGAUGAGGAAGACUGGGAUGAUGAUGACGACGGGUUUGACAGCGAAGGGUUCCCCUCGGAUUCAGACGCCGGUAGCCAGGACGGGGAAAGCCUUCAUCUCUGGAAUUCCUUCUACAGUUUGGAUCCGUACAACCCUCAGAACUUCACAGCCACCAUUCAGACAUCUUCCAGCGAUCCGGGAAAGGAUAUGUCAGAUGUGGAGGAGGAGGAGGAUGAUUCUUCGUGGGCCGAGGAGUCCUCAGACUCUCCUCACGCUAGUUCUGAAGAGGAGGACGAAUGGGACUGUAGCAGUGUGGAUGAGGCAGAAAGCUUGAAACUUUGGAACUCGUUCUGUACCUCAGAUGAUCCAUAUAAUCCUUUAAAUUUCAAGGCAGCCUUUCAAACAGCAGAGAAAAAAGGGACGCCUGGUUUAAAAGGAGCAGAGAGGCCGAGUUUGGUCAUUUCUGAGCCCAGCCACUUAACUGUCUGUCAGGUGCAGCUGGAAAAACAUAACUGUGGGGUCACUGACUUUGUGCAGCAUGGCAUUCUUUCUGGUGAGAAAUGUAGAAGUACCAAGCGGAAAAAGGUAACCUUCCUUGAAAAAGUUACUGAGUAUUACAUAAGCAGUGAGGAGGAUCGUAAAGGACCCUGGGAAGAGCUUGCACGAGAUGGAUGCAGGUUCCAGAAACGUAUCCAAGAAACAGAAGAAGCCAUAGGACACUGCUUCACCGCAGAGCAUAGACAAAGAGUAUUUAAUAGACUCCAAGAAACCUACUACAAGAGGGUUGACCUCUUCUAGCACCUUAAAAGAUCUGUAGUUGUGUGACCCUAAGCACUCAUGAACAUCUUCAAA